AUGUACGCAGCACAAAUUUGCGUCAUUGUAAAAGAUGUUCCGGAUGGUCAUUCAUCUCAAUUGUUUCUAGCGUUCUAUAAAACGACCCCUGAGAUUUAUCAUAUUUCAAAACAAGAAAACCAACCGAUUGAGGAUGAUUUUAGAGAGAAACCCACACCAGAACUCUAUUACAUAUCAAAACCUGAGAAAAUACCAACAGAUGACGAUGAUGAAGAAAAGUUCGCAAAUCAUAGGAGCACGCCUCCUAGAAAUGAUGACAUGAAUAAAAUGCAACCAGUUAUGUAUUAUAUAUCGGGAAAUAAGCAUAGUAACUCAGUAACAGCAUCACCAAUGCAUGAUCGUCUUAAUACACCAAUUAAUAACAAUAAAAACUUGAAAAAUCCCGUCCUUUAUUAUAUUCGACGACAAGACAAUCUUUCAGAAGACUCAUCGCCACGACAUUAUAUAAAACAAGAUUCAAAUAUAAAUGAUGAAGAACAAGUUGAUCGACUACCAGUAGCACAAUCUUCUUCUCGAAUACCAAUGACCUAUUCACCACCACCACCGAAGAAACAAGCUGUUGCAUUUGAAAUUUAUGACGAUAAUGAUACGGGAAAAAAACAACCACAACCACUCUGGAAAAAAAAAUCAGAUCACGUAUCAGUAGAAAAUGUCAUCAUAAAUCCAUCGUCGAAAGCAGCGAAUAGUAUCCAACGAAAAAAUCAGUUUGUUGUUGGAGCUGUUGGCGAAAGCUGCGGAUCUAUGGAGGCAGAAGGAGCCACGGUAGGUGGCGACGAUUUUUCAGUAGUUUGA